CACAAGCAGUUGGGGCAGGGUUUCUUUUCCUUUUGUGUGUUGGGCGUACAGCAGCCACUGCAGUCUCUUUCAACCUGGUAACAUAGGAGAAGAGGAGAAGUGCAGAGAUGUUCCUGUCAUGCCUGAGAGGGGUUACAAGUUAUUAAUGGCUUUGUCCUCACAAAGAAAACAAUCAUUUGGUGAAUCUGUCAGCAGAAGAACCAUGUGUCGGUCAGCCACCAGGAAGAUGGCCUCACAGGAGCAGGUCUGGCCAGUCCCAAUGAAGGCAAUUGGAGCACAAAACCUUUUGACAAUGCCUGGAGGAGUGACCAAAUCAGGGUAUCUUCAUAAAAAAGGAGGCACCCAGCUGCAGAUUCUGAAGUGGCCUUUGAGAUUUGUGAUUAUCCAUGAGGGAUGUAUUUACUACUUCAAGAGCAGCACAUCUGCAUCUCCACAGGGUGCAUUUUCUUUGAAUGGUUACAACAGGGUUAUGCGGGCAGCUGAGGAGACAACAUCAAGCAAUGUGUUUCCUUUCAAGUUAGUUCACAUUAGCAAGAAGCACAGGACGUGGUUUUUCUCAGCUUCUUCUGAAGAUGAACGAAAGAAUUGGAUGCUGUCCUUGAGGAGGGAAAUUGAUCACUACCAUGAGAAGAAAGAAAUAGUAACAGAAUUCAGUGACUCUGGCUCUGAUGCAGACAGUUUCUAUGGCUCAGUAGAACGUCCCAUUGACAUCAAGUAUUCUCAUCAUUCAGCAGAAAAUGAAGAUUAUGACCAGGAGGAAGAGGAUGAGUCUUACCUGCAGCCAGAUACCUCUGACAUAGUGAAAGAUGAUAUGGUCCUGCCCCCAGCCUACCCACCUCCACCAGUUCCUCACGUUAGAAAAGUCACUUACUCAGAAUCAAGGGCAAACUCCUUCUCUGGCAAACCUUCUGCACCAGUGCCACCACCCCCACCUCCUAAAAGAAGCUUGCCUGAGAUCAAAGUGGAGGAUCUCUUACACACCAAGGAACCCCAGCUGCAGUGCCGGCCUGAGCCUCACCUAAAGAUGCCAUCCCCCAGCCGCAGACCCAGUGAACAGCUGCCCCCUGUCCCCCCUCUCUUCAAAAAGCCUGCAUGUGCCAAAGAAUCUUCCUCAUUGCCUCCAGAGCCUCUGCCUCUAGCUCAAGUCCUUGCUACUCCAGAAGGAUGUGAGAAGCUAAAAACCUUAAACCUUUCACCACGAACUCCUCCUCCAGUACCAGGCAAUAAACCCAAGCUGUCACAGCUGACCGAAAAACCAGUAGAGCCCAGAGUGCCAAGAGAACCUGGUAAACCUGGACUGUUUGUACCACCAAUGCUCCCCAAACCACCUGUGCCAUGCCACCAGCCUCCUGCAAUCAAGAUGAGACCAGAGAGGUCAUGUCCCCAGUUACAGAGAUCACCACCAGAUGGACAGAGUUUUAGAAGCUUCUCAUUUGAGAAACCAGCACUACCCUCCAAGCCAAAUCAACCUGAUGAUGAUUCUGAUGAUGACUAUGAGAAAGUUGGGCUGCCUGCUUCAAUAUUCCUUAACACCUCUGAAUCCUUUGAAGUUGAAAGGACAUUUAAAGCUAAUAGCCCCCGGGGACAACCACAGAAUGGCUUGUACUGUAUUAGGAACUCAUCUACUAAGCCUGGAAAGGUAUUGGUUGUGUGGGAUGAAACUGCAGAAAAAGUGAGGAACUACAGGAUCUUUGAAAAGGACUGCAAGUUUUACCUGGAUUCAGACUUCAUGUUUUUGAACAUGGGAAGUUUGGUCGAAUACUACAGCACUCAUGUCUUACCUAGUCAUGACAGCCUGAUGCUUCGGUGUCCUUAUGGCUACUCCACACCAAGGUGACAUGACUGGUGUAAUUCACUGACUUAGAACAAAUGGGUUUCCUCAUGCCCUUGGAUUCAACCUGGUCUCCUGCCAUUGUUGGAGAUCCCACUGUUUGCACCCAGGUUUCAAUCAUUUAUUCUCAUGAGACUUGUAUGGAAAGUCCAUUGAGUGAACUCUUGGUAGAACCUUAUAGUCCACACUGGUGGAUUUGAUGGUCUUUUCUUUUAAAAAGAUCUGGACUGGUGAGGCUGUGAAAGCUGUCCAUGAGACCUGCACCUUCCAUAAAACUGCUGCUAUUACUGAUCUCCUUGGAAUGUGGAAGAUGGACAUGAACUAAGAGGUGACCUGAAAACAACCAGUACAGAGAAGGGUAACUUGUGACAGUGUCUCAGCAUUCACUUGUGACAGGGAAUACUAACACUGACUUGAAGGCACUACUCCUGGUGCUCAGCUGGGAGGUUUUGUAUCAUUGGGAUAGUUCACUUUGUAUCAUUUGGAUUGUUGACAUGUAAAUGAUGAAGACUUUGCAAAUAAUUUGGUUUAUUAUAGGUGAAAAUGUGGCUUCUUUUUGAGCCACCUCAGACAUAAAGGUGACUUGUGACUGCAUUGUCUGCAGUAACCAGUCCCAGCCCUGUCAGCUGAUGUGUUGAUGGCAUCUGACAUCACUUCAUGAUGUGCACUUCAGAUACAUGUGGAACAAUGGAGAUUUGGCUUUCAUGGGAGCCCCACUGGAAGGGUUGG